AUGACUAAUUCUUCUGAUCAUUCAUUUAUAUUAAUUAUACAUCGUUUACAAAAGAAAAUGGAUUCGUCGUUUAAUUUUUACAUUGGUCUUUCACUGGCUUUAUUGUCAACAAUAUUUAUUGGAACUAGUUUUAUAUUUAAAAAACUUGCAUUGCGUCGUGCUUCUAGAAAUGGUUCUAGAGCUGAUCGUCGUGAUGUACCUCCAGCGGCAAAUGAGCGAAUACUUCUGGAAGAAUUUGGACGCCUUAUUGAUCGUGUGGUGGAAGCGUCUAUCAAAGUUCAUAUACAUCCAUCGAAUGGCAUCCACACCCCGGGUGCGAUCGACGAUAAUGAACAAGGUUUGACACAUAGUGAGGGGUCAAUUGGUCCUGAAAGUCUAGGUGGUAAGGGUAUUGGAGCAGUUGGAGUAGCAGCUGCUACGGCUGCUGCCGCAGAUGUUCUACAGGAUGAUGAAGAUGAAGAGGAUGAAAUAUUAAAUGAGAUGGAUGUAGAUGAUGCUGACGAUAUGAAGAAUGCAAUGUACAACCUUGUUGGAGAGCCAACACUUUCACGUCACCAACAUUCCCGAUCGCACUUUGCACGCCGUCAUUGA